CGCCGGCUGGGAAACCCGCGCCUCCCUUCGCCACCAUCCGCCGGGGACCGCGAAAGCCGGGACACCGACCGAAGGCGGUCCGAGCGACUCAACUAUUCUUCUCUGUUUUCCGUAGUGUGAAUAGAUAUCUUCUCCAGCAACAACAGAAAAGGUUUUACUUUGGAAAAGAAAGAUACUUCUUCCUUCUGACUGCAGAGUCGGAAGGGCGGGCCAACUCCCGAAGCCCCUCUGUUCAGUUCAUAGAGUUUCCUCGGAACCCUAUGUGGGAGCGUUUUGUAUCCCGCCGUGGCACCGGAGACACCGGAAGUCGAGUCUCUGCGCUCAAGACAAAGCUGCGUGUUUCUUGUACUGACCCGCAGAUAGACUGCCGGGUAGGCGGCCGCUACAGACAUAACAGCCACCUUGGGGGGACCCGCCGACCCUCAGGGAUCCGGCUUCACAGAUGUAGGUUUAAAUCCAACAGACCGCUACUACCGAAACCGGAAAGCCUUGGGCGGGCUGACGAUUGGACGCGGUGCCAGAAGCGGAAGCCGGAAACGCUUGGUGGCGCCCGGGAUGGCUGAGGCGGCGACCGUCGCGGCCGAGUCCCUUGUGGGUGGCCGAGCGCGGGCGGCGCGCACUGUGCUAGAUCAGGUGGUGCUCCCGGGCGAGGAGCUUCUGCUGCCGGAGCAGGAGAACGCAGAAGGCCUGGGAAGUGCAGGGGAGCAACCGCUGCGCCUAAAUCCCGGGGCGCGCUCCCGAGUGCGCGUUGUGUGCGGUCCGGGCUUGCGGCGCUGUGGCGACCGCCUGCUGGUCACCAAGUGCGGCCGCCUCCGUCACAAGGAGCCCGGCGGUGGCAGUGGCGGCUGCAUUUACUGGGUGGACUCACAACAGAAACGGUAUGUCCCAGUGAAAGGAGACCAUGUGAUUGGCAUAGUGACAGCUAAAUCUGGAGAUAUAUUCAAAGUUGAUGUUGGAGGGAGUGAGCCAGCUUCUUUGUCUUACUUGGCAUUUGAAGGUGCAACGAAAAGAAACAGACCAAAUGUGCAGGUAAUGAUGGGAACCUUUGGUUUCAAAAGAAGAAAAGCAUUCACAUAGCUAGAAGGCAACCUGAAUUGUCUCCAAAGCAUGACCUUUGUUCCCAGUUGUAUAGGAUGAUCGUUGAGCAUCUGUGAGUUCCUACCUCUAAGAGUUCCUUCCCAUGCUCCAGCUCUGGGGCCAGAGCCACAUACUUAUGUUACAUUUGCUAUAUUGGGUGUUGUUUCAUCUCUGAGUUGAAAGGUUAUAUCUGUUCUCUCUGUUGUUAUCUGUUUUGUCCAUAUUCAGUGGAUAAAGAAGUAAGCAAGCCUGGGGCUUAGGAAUGAAGGAGGGCUAAGUGGUGCAAAUUGCCUUCUCCGCCAUCCAUCCAUCCUGAUCGUAGGUCCUGGGACUGUCAUCUCACAAUUUCAGUCACAUCACUGUUUCCCAAGAAUUUCUUCCUGGAGUUGACAGAGGAGUGGUCGUGUUUCCUCAAGUUUUCUGUUUGGGCUUUUCAGGUAGAAUAGCCACACUUCCUAUAUAUCCAAGCCAGAAUUUUGGUUUCUUUGCCCCUUCUCUCCUUACAUGUGUCUUUUGUUGCUUGAUCCUAUUUGAUUCUAUCACUAAGUCCACCUCUUCAUCUCCAUUUUGUAAAUUCAGGCCUAGGUACCUCUUGACUGGAGCUAGUCAAGUAUCUCCUCAUUGACAUCCCUACCUAUAUGCUUUGCCUCUCUAUCCAGGAUUUUGAGAGCUGAGAGCCUCACACACUCUGUAGGCUUUCUUCAAAGCCUACAGAUUUCCUUGGCAUUAUACUCUUAAGUCUUCCCUCAUCCAUAAUUAUAUCUCCAUUCAGCCAUGCAUGAACCACACCAAACUGUAACAGCACUACUGAACUC